ACCCACAGUAAUCCAGAACCAGAAGGGGAGAGAGUGAAACAGACAACAGGGAGGCAAGAAAGGAGGGAAACGAAGAAAGAUCCAUCAGCAGCUAAGCUCUGCAAUGGCAGAGGAAGGGAGCUGCAAUGUGGGGCCAGUGAAGGACAAGUUUUUAGCAAGUCUGCUGUCCUUCGGGCUCACUCUCUGGAUCACUGUUGGUGUGUCAGAAGGUCGACUGGUAAAAGUCCCCCAAGGUCCUCUAUUUCGUGUUGAAGGUACAUCCAUUUCCAUACCCUGCAACGUAAGUGAAUAUGAAGGGCCCAGCUUGCAGCACUUUGAGUGGUUUAUUUAUCAUCCUGAUAAACCCGAUAUUCCUAUUGGCAUAAUUAGUUCCAAGGACCCUAGCUUUCCCUAUGCCAUAUAUUUUCCACGAGUAAAGAGCAAUGAAGUACAGCUAAAGCGUGUGCAAGAUAACAUCAUCGAGCUGCAGAUCAAGGCUCUCAAGCCGGAAGAUGCUGGGGAGUAUGAGUGUCAUACACCAUCCACAGACAAACGAUACUUUGGCAGCUACAGCGAUAAAGUGCAUGUGAAAGUUCUCCCUGAUGAACUCCGUGUUGGAGCAGAACCAGCUCAUCCUGCCCCGAGUCUAGCAAGGCAAGCUCCUCGUAGCCGCAGCCUGAUGGAGGGAGAGGAGUUGGAACUAACAUGCACUGCCCUGACAAAGUCUCAAGAACAUACGCAUCUGUCUGUAACUUUUGGUGUCACCAACUCAAGCUCCAGCAGUGGUCAGGAGAUCAUCUCUAUCAGGCGGGAUUUCAGCAUAGAAGCAGGAACAGAGGGCUCAUAUGCAGCUCGGUACCAGAACCGUGAGAUUUUGGUGGGGAAGGCCCAAAGAGAAACCUAUGUGCUGGUCAUUUCCCGAGUAAGGCCUGAAGACAAAGGACUUUACUACUGUACUGCAGCAGAGUGGAUCAGGGAUCCUGAGGGGAACUGGCAGCAGAUUGUUGAAAGGACAGCAGAACUGGCACAGAUUUCUGUCCAACCCCUCAGUAACAUCCUGCAGGUAUCAGCACAUCCUGCAGAAACCCGCCUGACUGUCAGGGACACUCUAGAACUCUUCUGCGAAGUUAAGGGUGUUUCUAAUGCAUCCCACACCAUCAUGGCUUUGAAAUGGACUGCCACUCCAAUGAAAGGCUCUCCCCAGGAGCAGCUGGUAGCAGUACUAGGUCCAGAUGGAAUUGUGACUCUUGGACAACAUUACAGUAAUGCCGAUGGUACACGUGACAUCUCACUGGAGAGGACAGGAAUUGAGCAGUACAGGCUAAGGAUUCAUUCUACCCAGCCAGGGGACCUGGGAACCUAUUAUUGUUCAGCGAUUAUUUCCGUCCAAUAUCCAAAUGGGUCACUAUAUGAAGUAGCUCACCAAAAGUCUAAGGGACUAAAGGUUGUCCUAAAAAGUGAAGAAGUGACAGUAGAUGCCAUUGCCUGGUCUGGCACCUUUCCAUAUUAUCGUUUGGACACACUGGAACUGUUUUGCAAUGUCUCUGUGGGAACUUCUCAGCCUGUCAGCCUGGAAAUCAGUUGGCUAGUUGAAUCACUUAAAGACAAAGAAAUGCAAUUGGAACACAAGGUGGCCUCAAUAGAUAGGGAUGGAGUGACCCAGAUUUCUAAGCUGGGACCUGAGGUCAGCAUGUCUAAAGUGGGCCCUCAAAGCUACCGCUUGCGUAUCUACUCUGCACAGCAUGAAGAUGAAGGAGACUAUGUCUGCAAUGCGACUGCCUGGGUCAGGUAUCCCGAUCAGAGCUGGUACAGAGCAGCCUCAGUGCGAUCAACACCCGUCACUGUAUACAUGUAUGCAAGAGUAUGGGACACCUUAAUGAUUCCAUUUACAGUGGGUGUGGUAUCAGCUCUGUUUGUCGGUAUCACGAUAAUUAGCACAGUAACCUGCUGCUACCUGAGGAAGCUAGCGAAGAGGUGAUGAACUCCAGAGCAUGAUGGGAAAUGGAUGCUGGGAUUUAUUUGAAGCACUUCCUGAGAUUUCUGCAACAGCCAUUCACCUGACGUCUGCUCUUCAAGAGAAGAACUUCCAUUGUUCACCUCUGACAAGAGUGACAACAGGAUAGGGGGGGAUGCAUCUGUCCUCUUCACUGCACUGAAUGUUUUGUACAUUGUGUUUUUAAUACAUUGUGUUUUUAAUACCAUAUGGUCAUAUUACAUGUUUUUCUUGGACUUUUUAUUUGCACAGAAUUUUCAUUGUCCUUUCUAGUUCAGAGUUCAGUAAAGAGUUAUAGUAACAGAGAAGAGGAAGUGCAUGUUGAUGCCAGUUAGCAAUAUGUUAAUGUGCAUCGCUCUGUGGGGCAGCAUGGUUCAGCAUCAUAUCUGUCAUACUGUGUACAACAUAAGUGCUAGAUUACAAAUCACUAAAGUCUCAGAAAGGGCAACCGAAGACACAAUGUGUCUUCCUUCUGCGUGUUGGGGGGGGGGGGUGGUUGGUUCUAAUUUAUGGUUUCUGUGAAAGGUUACCAGCUACUGGAGUCAAAGGUUGGAGGAUGAAGUUGAUGACUAACUCUGAACGACCUCAAACUGUUGGGAUAUAGUUUUAAAUGAAUUCUUAACUCUGUGGUCUGUACUGAAACUUAUGUUCAUAGUUACCAGCUUUGGCAGGCUUAUACUACAUGAAAAACAAAUGUUUAAGUCCUGCACACAUUAGAGAAUAAACUGAGUGCCUCACAACCACUAAGAACUUGUAAAUGUAGGAAGUCUUUAAUAGAUUUCUACAACAUAGGGAACCCAUCAUAUUAUGAUUAUACUGUGAUUAACUACCAGUUACCUAGGACUUAUCUAUCUAUCUAGCUAUCGGUAUAGAUAUAUAUUAUGAUUCAUGCAUGGAUUCUAACUGCUACAGAUUUGUACUGGUGAUUAGGAGAGAUUUCCUGAGCAGCAGUUUUCUGUGCCAGUGCUAUUGUGUAGUUAACAAUCAGGAAGCGCACCCAGGAUUAAUGCAUAGUACCACACUAUAUUACCACUAGGCAAGUAACGGGUAAUGCACUCUUAAAUCUCCACCACUUCCAAAUUCAAUGUAGUUUGAUAAUUGUAAAGUUAAUCCAUACCCAGACCAGUUUUUAUGUGAUAAAUGCAGGCUGUUUUUUUUUUUCUUUUUGCAGCAUAUGUAUGAAAAAACUCAUUGUUGUUUAUUGCAGGAAAAAGUGAUAUGUAAUGUUGUUCCUGUGAUGGCAUUGCAAGAAUGAACAAUGCUCCUGCUGUAGUACAAUAUUAAAUUUUUUGCACUACUAUGAUGUUUUGCAAACAACUGCUGCGCAUAUUGUAAUGUUUGACUGGUUAUAGUUUAAGUACAGAGGAACAAUAUGAAUAGACAAAUAGUUGCAGUGUAUUCUAGAACUUUUACACCCAUGAAAGGCUUUGGAAUAGGGAGAACUUACAUGUGCUUGCCUUUAAAUAAUAUUGUACAAUUAAUUAUUCACACUUAGCAUUCUGCUUGAACCUUUGCUGUCUUCACACUCCAGAAAGCAUUUACAGUUAACAUUUGUUGUCACAAUAGGGUAACAGUGAGGCUGUAGGUCCAACAUUAUUGUUUGGAUAAACCACUGCAAAGUAAUGGGAAGCUACAAAACCAGGUGAAAUGUAUUGGAUGAAUUCUUUAGCAUCCAUAAUCUGCCAGAGUCUUCAUUCCAGAAAGAGCCAUAGCAUAUCAGUAUUUCAGCAAAGGUUAGGUGGCCUCUCAUAUGGUGCACAUUGUGCUGUAGAUGUAACUGUGUGACCUAUUUUGAGGUGUGCAGUCAUUCGUACUACAAAGCCUUACUCCCUUGCUAAUAAUUGUCUUUUUAAGCUAGUACAGUUGCAGUACAGUAUGUCAACCCUGUACAGUCACAGCACUUUAGACACUCUCCCCUUCUUCAAGCCACCUACAUCUGCAGUUGUCAUUUGAUCAUCUGUCAUGCUGGCUCACUAAUGCUCACCAAGAAAAGUUGAGAUACAGCACAUGGAUACUGUGCCAUAGUGAGUUCCAUGUGCUUGCUGAUGACAGCACAAUGGCUGUAAUAAUGUAUUGACUGAUGUGCUGUGAUAAUGUCUGUGUGUAUUCAGUAUUACUAUGUGCAUAUUUGCAUACAUGUGAGUGCUUUUAACAUAUUGUGUAGUGAUAUAGCACCAUAGUAACUAGCCACAUGUUCUGCUGACACACAUCAUAGUAAUACAGUACCACAGUAACCAUCUGUAUAUGUUGUUGACAUAAGGCAUGAUAAUAUAUUGCCAGAUUAAUCAGCUGCAUAUGUUGCUGAACCAUACAGUUCCCAGUAACUAUUUUUUAUGUUUUUGACACAUGGUACCAUGAUGCAGAUUUUGGUAACUUUUUGCAUGUGCUACCAACGUACAAUGAGGUAAUGCUCCAGCAACCAGCUGCAUUUGCUGCUGUCACAUGGUACAGUGGAAUAAUGUCCCAGAACCAUCUGUAUGUGGUGCUGUCGCAUGGUACGGUGGUAUAAUGUCCCAGAGCCAUCUGCAUGUGCUGCUGUCAAGUGGUACAGUGGUAUAUUGUCCCAGAACAAUCUGCAUGUGCUGCUGUCAUGUGGUACAGUGGUAUAAUGUCCCAGAACCAUCUGCAUGUGCUGCUGUCAUGUGGUACAGUGGUAUACUGUCCCAGAACCAUCUGCAUGUGCUGCUGUCACAUGGUACAGUGGUAUAAUGUCCCAGAACCAUCUGCAUGUGCUUCUCUUGCAUAGUAUGGUAGUCUAAUGCCCCAGCAACUUUCUGCAUGGCUUCUGGUACAUAGUGCAGUGAUGCAAUUCCAAGUAACUAUCUGCAUGUCGUUUUGAAGAUGAUAUUGCAAUUCAUUGCAACAAUGAUUGUCUGCAGUGCCACAAUAACUAUCUGCAUAUGUUGUUCACACAUGCCACAGUAAUUUAUCCACGUGUGUUUCACAUGUGGUAUAGUGUUACAGUCCCAAAAGUAACUAUUUAUAUGUGCUGUUACACCUAUACUAUUUGCAUCUGUUGCUCCCAUGAUAUAAUAAGGUAGUGCUUCUGCAAAUGUCUUCCUAUUUUGCCAUCAUAUAAUAUAAUGACAGACUGUUACAGUAACAAUCUGGAUUUGCUUCUGGUACAUUGUAGAGUGAUGCAGUACCACGACAAACAUCCGCAUGCAUGCAUGGCUGAUACAGAGCAGUAUGGCACAGUACCGCAUCUAUUGUUUUCAGGUACUACAGCUACAUGGUACAGUGAUGUGAUACCAUCAUAACAAUCUGUAUGUCCUUAUGUCACAUACCACAGACUCUGCCACCAUGUGCUGUGGACACAUAUAGGCUGGUGGUGGUGCUACUUCCAAGGCUAUUGUCCCAUUUUGUUGGUAAUGUUGCAAUGUGUGGUACCUGAUCUCAUAAUGUACUUCAUCUGCUACUCAGUCACAGUGAGACUCAUAACGUGAGUUGUCUGAUUCCAUUUAAUCAUGGCAAACUGCUCUUCACCUCCCAUUAAUAACAUAAUCCCUUCUGCAUACACAACAUGCCGCUAAACCAUUUCCAGUGGGUACCUUAUUUUUAUGUGGUGUGAUACUAACCAGUUAUAGACGUCAGUGUUGUACUUUCUGUUGUUGAGGUAGGUCAGACCCCCUGAAUUCAUCAUCUUCAUGCAACACCUCAAUAAUAAAGCAAUAUGGUGGUAUAUGUUCUUACAUCAUCACAGUAUAUAAACCAUGUGUGUUUUAAGAGUAAUAGAUAGUAAAAGGUGCAAACUUGCAUUGAAUUUCAGCAACUCAGAAUGAUACAACUUUGAUAAUGUUUAAUGUAUUACUUCUUAGAUGUAAUAUUGGCAUUUCAUUAUUGCAGGCAUGGUUUGCAUUAGUUCUCAUAGUUAACUCUUGCCAGUAAAGUCUUUUCUAGCCAGAAUAAUUCUUUUUUAGUCUCUUUACUAAUUCACAUUCUUUAAGAGUUGAGGAUUUGCUCCACCAUUUGUAAAAGGCAAAGUUGUUCCAGAUUAUUACAAGGUGGCACUAAAAAUGUGUUCAGAAAUAUAAUACUGCAUUAUGUACAUGUGUAUGAGGCAAUAUUAUAAUAUGUGACUGAAUGUAUGCGACUUAAGUUCUGUUGUUGCAGUUAUUUUUCUUCUGACCUAAUCUUGUUUUAGCUGCUACUAUUUAGCAAACAAUUAAAGGGAGUGCUGUUUGCCAGUAACUUCAGGUCAACAUUUAAACCAAUGUAGUAGUACAAUUUUUCCCCCUUCCUUGACUCCAGGGAUUCCUGUUAAGGUUUUUGACAGAAUUAUCAAGUAAUUAAAUAACUCAGCAUUUGUUAGUGACAGUGUUUUUCUUGUACAAAAUCUAGCCAAAAGAAUUUCUUAAAGAUGACAAUAUUUUUGUUUCGAAGAUAGCAUCACUGGCAUUUCACAACCAACGGCCUAGUCAUUGUAAGCAUGGUAUGCUGUUGCUAAAAUGGUAUUUGUUGUGAUUAUGAUGUCAUCAUUUCACAACCAACGGCCUAUUCAUUGUAAGCACGGUAUGCUGUUGCUAGAAUGGUAUUUGUUGUGAUUAUGAUGUCAUCACAAGCAGAAACAUAAUGAACCUUCAGGUGAUGUUGUUAGAAAUGAUAACUGUACCACUAAAAUAUUCUUGUAUUUUAACUUGUUUUUUAUGUGCACAUUUAAUAUGAAUGCCUCUCCAUUUUGUAAUUUGUUUUGUAUAAACUGUAAUUUUGCUGUUGAAAGUUUCAUUAGUGCAUCUGUAAAUGAAAUAAAAAAAAACAUUUAUUGUGAAGUUA